AUGUCACAUGCGCCUCAGUCAUGGUACGAAACUCCUUUGAGACCACUAGCAAACCAAAAUGUACCAUUGCCCACCAGCGAAACCAUACAAAUUGGUAGAUCUGGGCCAGCACAAGGGGAUGGUAUAAGGAUGUUUCCAAAUUCUAUGUUCGAAGCCAUACCUGACACAUGGGGUUUCACUAAUCCUGUGUUUGAAUUUGCACCCGAAAGGUUGGAAGGAUUUCUUGUGGUUGGAAGAGAAACAACACUUGUUCCUCCUCUUGCAGGGCCUUUCCUCGGACAGAUUCCAAGAGGUCUGUUUCCUGUUGCAUUUGCAAUUGUUGAUUCGGAGAGCACGGCUAAUUGGUCGUGGUUCUUGCAUGAACUUGGGAAGGGAUCACUAGUAAGUAGUUUGCAUGACUGUGCCUACGAGCCAACUGUGGUAGGGUUCCAUGAAAAGCUUGCAAAAUUAAAAGAGGAGGGUAAACAACGAGCUCAUAAUUUUUUCAAGGACUUAGCACCUGAGCACUGGGCAAAUUCAUACUUCAGGGGCAUGCGUUAUGGGGAGAUGACAUCCAAUGCGGCGGAGUCAUUUAAUAACUGGAUUAAAGAAGCACGUAAUCUUCCUAUCACUCAAAUGGUGGACAAAAUUCGUACUCAGUUGAUGCGGCAAAUGUCUGCACGGCGUGACCAAGCAAACAAAUGGAAUGAGAUUAUUUGUCCGACAUUCGAAACAAGGCUUAUGGAUUCGUUCAAUGACAGCAAGUCUUGGCAAGUUAGCAAAGCCAACGAGGAUGUGUUUGAAGUUCAUUCGAUACCAUCGGUUACAGUUGAUGUUGCGAGGCGUACAUGUUCAUGCUUCAAAUGGCAAAUCAACGGAUUCCCGUGUGACCAUGCUGUUAUUGCCAUUCAAAAGAGCCGCUACAAUCUCAAUGAUUGUGUAGAACAUUACUUUCAUGUAGAGACAUAUCGUGCAGCCUAUUCGGGAGCCAUAUUCCCUAUACCAUCGGUGGAGAAGCCGCCUUUUGAUCCCACGGACUUUACUAUAUACCCGCCUACCGUGAAAAGACCACCCGGAAGGCCGAAGAAGAAUAGGAUCCCAUCAAGGGGUGAGAAACUGAAGCAAAUAAGGGGCGGGAGAUGUGAUAAGUGGGGGAGCCAUAAUCGAAAAUCAUGCACGGAGCCGAUAUAA